AUGAACUGGACAGCCGCGACAUGCUGGGCUCUACUGUUGGCCGCAGCUUUCCUCUGUGACAGCGCUGCGGCCAAGGGCGGCCGUGGCGGGGCGCGGGGCAGUGCGCGGGGCGGGCUGCGGGGAGGCGCACGCGGGGCCCCGAGGGUGCGCGUGAGGCCCGCGCCCCGCUACAGCGCCGGGGGCUCCACACUGCGCGUCGCAGCAGCGGGGGCGGCUGCCGGGGCGGCUGCGGGCCUGGCGGCUGGCUCUGGCUGGCGGCGGGCCGCGAGGCCCGGGGAGCGCGGCACCAGGGACGACGAGGACUGGGCACCCGGCAGCAACGGGACCGGCCCAGGCGUCUACAGCUACCGCGCGUGGACUUCGUGCGCGGGGCCAGUUCGCGCCGGCCCGCGCCUCUGCCUGCUGCUGGGCGGUGUCCUCGGCACCCUAAGGCUGCUGCAUUCCUAGGCCCGGCUGGGCUCAGGGACCACCGGCUCCUAACCUGUGCCUAACUCGAAGGCCCGUUGGGCCCUCGCCGGAGGCUGCCAGGUGCUGAGCACCAGUCCCCUCGCUGUCCGUGGUCGUGGAGCCCAGAAGGGCUAAGUGGGCAGUUCCAGGCACUUUGGGGGAACCACAGCCCCUCCUGAGACAUAGGCGGCUCGCCUAAGCCCCACCUCAUCCUACCCUUCUCCCACCUACCAGCGAUGGGCUCCAGGACUACUUCACCUGCCUCAGGGCCACGGGGCCCCCAGCCAGGAAGGUGCCUAUUGUGGGCUCCCUACAUAGCCCUCCCAGGAAUGCCCACCAUAGCUGUCUGAGUGGUUUCUAAGAGCACACCUGCUGCAGGACACCUUGCCACCUCACCUCCAACCAAGGGGUCAGCCUCACAGGGGCUCUCCCUGUCAGAACCCUUGUGAGGCCAGGGCCCACUGGCCUUGGGGAAGGGUCUCCUUUCCCUUAGAGCCGCUUCACCACCACAACUUGAAACAAAAGUCAUUUAACUCGACUUGAGACCGUCUUCUUUGAACUUGAGGUUCACAUUCCGGAAUCGGAGUUCUUACCUGGACUCGGGACCACAGCUUCCAAUCCCACAAAGGAGUCCAUCCUGGGCACUGCCCUGCCGGAGUGGUCUGGGAGCACUGGCUAGCAGCCAGCAGCCUCCCCAGGCCAGGCAGAGGGCAGUGUGGGGGCACAGGUGCAAGGAUAGCCUGGUCCUUGAGGAGGUCAGGAGCUCCAGUCAGACACAUGUACCCCAGUGACCACAGCAGGUCCCAGCAAUGGACAAGUACGGCGCCAGGGUGGGGAAGAGCCUCACUGCUCCUGCCCCAGGGCGCCAGCAGAAGACAGUAACAGGCAGGAGAAAGCAGAGCCGCCAGAGCUACCGCGGCCUAUCUGGAUGCCAGAGGACAGUCUGAGGACCGUCUAAGGAGACAGGUCCUUACAAGGGUUCACCCUUCGGUGCAUAAAUUAGCACUCUACUCUUUUGGUGCCAGGCAGCCCCGACUGCCCACCCCCUGCGAAGCUGACACCAGCCUGGUUCAUCUACUGAGUGCCACCCGGGAUCUCAGCUGUUUUCCAAAUCCCUUCUAGUCCUGCUAUAGAAAUGUCUCCAACUUUGAUCAUGGUUUAUGUGAGGUAAAACGGCUUUUUGCAGCCUCAAGACCUCAUCUCCUUCGGUGCUCUGGCCCUCCAAAUCGGCCUGGCUGCCCCAGGACCGAGGCCUGUGCCUUUGACUCUCAAAGUCGGUGGACACCAACACCGAGACCAACAUCCCCCAGCAGCUGCUGGAGUCCCCCACCUUUGCACUCCCACAGCUAACAUGGUAGGGCUCAUGGUUGGCAGAGGCUGGACCCAGCAUCUCUCUCCAAAGACAGGGGCACAAAGCAGCCAGCCUCCGCCUGCUUGCACACUGCCAAUAUCCCCAUGAGUCAUAUCCUACCCACUCUGCUCCCAACCAGCCAGGAAUGGGUCUGCCCAGGAGAGUCUGACCAUCUCUCCUUGGAGAACUAAGGGGCGACCCUGGGAUGCAACAACAGCACCAAGGCCCAUGGACCAGACCCACGCACACCAACCACAGCGCCCUGGGAGGGCCGCCCUGCACCCUUCCGGAUGUGAGGUGGAAGAGGUGCUCUUGAAUCCAGAGCCUGCUCAGCAUUUGGCACAACCACGGAUUUUUCAUGCUCCCUACCCCCUAGGGUCAGGCUCCGGCAGAAGCAGACAGCAUCCAUCAUGGGUGACCAGAGUUUCAUGUGGGGCUGCAUUACAGUGCAUAGAGGUGCAGGGAAACCAUGGGGACAGCCUAGAUCUAGUGGGGUGCAUGGAAGGAGUCCACCCCCAACAAGGAGUAAGGCCCACAGCACACCUGGUGCUCACAGGACCUCAGGGUGGACUAGGAGCCUCUCCUCAGUGUGUGCCCCACCCCCUACCCCCACUCCCCCUCUAGAAAGCAGGCUGGAGGCAGUGAGGAUUCCCAGGACCAUCAAAGUCAGGGGCAAAAGUGCAUCGAUGGCUCUCAGGCCCAACAUAGCAAUGUGCAGACACUCCACUGCUCCUCGGUCCACCAGCAGGUGCCCGAGACACCUGGACA